CUCAAUCUUUGGAUCGUUAUAUGGAUAACUCCCUCUCCGUAGCGUUGCUUUCAGGAUCUGAAAACCCGCUUUGCUUCCUCCAUCCCUCUCUCUGUGGCUCACACCGGCGGUGUCGGAUACAACUUCGCGCUGCUGAAUGAGAAGAUAGCGCUUCCAAAAGCCAACAUGUUCACCUCUCAUUGAGAGCCGAGGAGGGGAGACUAAUCUCAAGCGCAACUCUCUCUCUCCUCUCCUUCUCUUACAUCAGCCGCUUGCUCGGGGGAUAUCUGUGGGGACGGCAGCGUGGACUGGCAGCGACACAGAACACACCAAACAAAUUCACAUACACUCACAUAAUAACUACUACGGCUCUCCUGGAAGCCGUACACAGGACGGCAGGCAGGCAGACACGAAGGCUGGCUUAAUGUUUACCCUUCAGGAGAACAUGCCGAGAGGUGGUUUAAACAUGAAGGAGGAACCUUUGGUUGCCGGGAUGAAUCCCGUUCGCUCCUGGAUUCAGUCCGGCGGGAUACUGGACGCCAACACAGCAGCCCAGAGUGGGGUAGGCUUGGCCCGGUCACACUUUGAGAAGCAGCCGCCCUCCAAUCUCCGCAAGUCCAACUUUUUCCACUUCGUACUGGCUCUCUACGACAGACAAGGGCAACCCGUGGAGAUCGAGAGGACCGCUUUUGUGGACUUUGUAGAGAAGGAAAAAGAGCAGAACGGGGAGAAGACGAACAACGGCGUUCACUACAGAUUACAGCUUCUGUACAGUAACGGAAUACGAACAGAACAGGAUUUAUUCGUGCGGCUGAUAGACUCAAUGACCAAACAGGCGAUUAUAUAUGAAGGGCAGGAUAAGAACCCAGAGAUGUGUCGAGUGCUGCUUACGCAUGAGAUCAUGUGCAGCCGGUGUUGUGACAAGAAAAGCUGUGGAAACCGGAAUGAAACACCUUCAGAUCCAGUUAUUAUUGACAGAUUCUUCCUAAAAUUCUUCCUCAAGUGCAAUCAGAACUGUUUGAAAAACGCUGGUAAUCCCAGAGACAUGCGACGAUUCCAGGUCGUCAUCAGUACAACCAUCAACGUGGAUGGGCACGUCCUGGCAGUGUCGGACAAUAUGUUCAUCCACAACAACUCCAAGCAUGGCCGGAGGGCUCGGAGGCUGGACCCAUGCGAAGCAGCCACGCCAUGCAUCAAAGCAAUUAGCCCAAGUGAAGGGUGGACUACGGGAGGAGCAACUAUCAUCAUUAUCGGAGACAGCUUCUUUGAUGGAUUGCAGGUUGUGUUUGGAACAAUGCUGGUGUGGAGCGAGCUGAUCACGCCGCAUGCCAUUCGAGUGCAGACGCCUCCGCGGCACAUUCCUGGCGUGGUGGAGGUCACACUGUCCUACAAGUCCAAGCAGUUCUGUAAAGGAGCACCUGGGAGAUUCGUCUACACAGCAUUGAAUGAACCCACCAUUGACUAUGGAUUCCAGAGGUUACAGAAAGUGAUCCCACGGCACCCUGGAGACCCCGAACGAUUACCAAAGGAGGUUCUACUGAAGAGAGCUGCUGACCUGGUGGAAGCCUUGUAUGGAAUGCCCCACAACAACCAGGAGAUUAUUCUGAAGCGAGCAGCAGAUAUCGCAGAAGCCCUCUACAGCGUCCCGCGGAGCCACAACCAACUCCCGUCCCUUGGCAACACAUCCAGCCACUCGGGGAUGAUGGGAGUGAACUCGUUCAGUGGCCAACUGGCUGUCAAUAUCUCAGAGACGUCGCAAGCCAACGACCCAGGUUAUUCCCGCAACACCAGCAGCGUCUCUCCCCGUGGCUAUGUGACCAGCUCCACUCCACAGCAGUCCAGCUACAACAGCAGCAGCAUGAACGGAUACGGGAACACUGGGAUGGCCAAUCUGGGAAUACCGGGCUCCCCGAGCUUCCUCAACGGUUCGACUGCCAACUCCCCCUAUGCCAUAAAACAGAAGAGCGCCUUCGCUCCUGUGGUUCGACCCCAGGCUUCCCCGCCACCUACCUGCACCGGAUCCAGUGGGAACAGCAUGCAAGCCAUGUCCAGCCUGAUCGUGCCCCCAAUGUAGAAGAAGAGGCUUGAGCAGUGACCAUGAGUAGCAACGUGCCCCACAAGCUGAUGGACGGACCUAGCUGGAGGCAAGGAUCGAGUCAGAUCUUCUUUCGUUUCUA